GAUCACGGGCGUUAUCGCGAAGAAUGCAAGAACGAAUUGUGCUUGCCGCCCCCUCUGUUCGGAGGGGCAAGAAGUCAUGGCAAUGAUGCUUCCCAUGCUUCCAGGAUCUCCCGGGUUUCCUCGCGUUCCCUGCGGGCUGCAGGUCGGGGGCCGCCGGAUGCUCGGCCUAUCGCAUCAUGACAUCGCUCGCGUCUUGCUUCUAUCUCUCCAAGCCGUUCGUGUGGCCGGCGCGCGUUCCCUUUCGUGCCUCGCAGCUUCGAUUUCCGCCUGGUGCAUGUUGCAUCCCGUGCGGCCGUGCCUACAACCAGGUCGGUGCACAGGCGACGCCGUGCGGUGGCAGGUGCCAAGAGUUUGCUCGCUGACCAGUUUGGGCUUCGGGUGCGCACUGCAGAAUUACGGUGGGGAUCGGCCCGCAGGGCCCAGGCCACGCCAGUGGGGAUAGGGACACGAUCGCCAUCGCGCUCCGCGCGCCUGCCCGAUGGGCACCUCUGCAGACCGACGCUGUCCUCGCGUCGCCGGCGUCGUCUUCGUCGCCGUCGCCGUCGUCGUCGUCGUCGCCGUCGUCGCCGUCGCCGUCGCCGUCGCCGUCGCCGUCGUCGUCGUCGUCGUCGCUGCCGCCGAAGCGAUGCUCACGGCGAUGCGCCUCGGCCGCAUGCCCUUUUCCGUGGCCGACCAGCGCAGACCGCCGCGAGCGCGCGCCUCCCGCUCGGCUCGACUGGAUCCAGGUGGACCGACGAUUGCCCUGGCGUGGCUCGCCGCGGGGCAAUACCCUGCAUGCCGUAGAAUUCAAGCUGCGCUCCAGCGCGCUGUAGAGGCCUGCGCUUUUGGCGGGGCGCCCCCUCCCGGCCCCUUGCGAGGGAGGUGGCGAAGACAGAGUCUGGACAGAAGCGAGCGCGCGUUUUGAAAGGCAAACAGAAGCUGCCCCAUGUGAUCGUCUUCUUAUUCUCGAAGGAACAAUGCCAUGAACAUAAACUUUUGGUGCUCCGCGCGGAUUUCCUGGAUCCGCGCUGGGCCCCCCUAGCGGCGCUGGAGGCGCCGCUCGGCGCGGGCCUUCGCACCCCACCCCCUCCCCCCCCAUUGAGGCUGGUUGGAUUUUCCCCCCCUGUCCUUCCUCAGCAUGGCGAAGGCGGCGACGCUAGCUCGAUGCCAGCAGCCUAAGCAGUCGCAGAGCUUGGCCAAGACGAUCAUGUCUCCCCUGCCCGGGCGGUAGCUCAGAUUGCCUUGUGAUAGACAAGACUUGCACUAGCUGACUCGCAUAUGUUUACGCAGCUUAGGUAGGCAAAGCCUGGUUUUGCGCAGGGCGGCGUGACGAUCUGCAGCCUAGUCUAGCCUAACCUAGCCUAGCCUAGCCUAGCCUAUCUCAGCUCAGUUUGCUGUCCUUCGUUAUUGCUACACCUCGGGUCUAAGCACAACUAUGUGUGUUGAGUGCACGUUGGCCAGAUUCAUUUUCAAGUAGCGAUCUGCCAUACAGGUGCCAUCGCACGGGGAAGCAUGGUGCUACUCGAGCACUGCGGGCCUGGCAGACGCUUCUGGCGAAUGGCCGAUGAUGGAGGUUCUCCCUUCCUCUCCCCUUCCCCGUCCUUCCCCCCUCCCCCCGUCCCCUCCCGUUCCCCGUUAAUCCACACUGAG